GACGAGCGGAUGGUAGUCCAAGCCCUCAGCCCUUCAUCGCCUUCAUCGCCUUCAUCGCCUUCAUCGCCGCAGGGAGACGUGUUAAGCGUGUUGGACCUGGUGGAGGGCUUGGGCCCGGCAUUGACCCAUAAAGAGGCGGUGCGGCGACGGAAAGCCCUCGAGUUCCUGUCCAAUGUUUUGAGCCAAUUGCCCGAACACGCCCUUCACGGCGAACAGAUCCAUUUUCUGACCCGUUUCUUCCAGGACCGACUCAAUGACUCGUCCUUGAUGUAUUCGGGCGUGGUUAACGGCUUUCACGCCCUACAUCGCCAAGCCCAAAUGGCCGACUCGGACCUCUUGGCCAUACUUGGUGCCUUCUUCGAUGCCAUCCACGCCCAAUCCUUGUUGACCGAAGAUCGGGCCCGCAUCUUCGAGGUCUUGACUUUUGUGCUCCGAGACAGGUCGGAUCUUUUGGUCCAACAUCAAUUCGAAAGUCCCUUCUUGUUGGGUUUCAUGCAAUCGGUCGAGGGCGAGACGCAUCCCCGUCAUCUGCUCGAGAUCUUCACCCAUUGGCCGUGGCUCAUUCGAACAGUGGACAUAGCGCCCGUCGUGGAGGAUGUCUUCGAUUUGCUGGCUUGCUAUUUCCCCGUGGAUUUCGAUCAGCCCAGUGGACGAAACUUGGGCGUGAGUCGGGCGGACUUAGCCGGGGCCUUAGAAUCGGCCUUGGCCUCCACCACUCUCUUUGCUCCGCUGAUUUGGCCGCUCUUGUUUGAGAAACUGAGCUCGGAUGUGCCCGAGGCCAAGGUCGAUGCCUAUCGAUGCUUGGCCCGGUGUUUGGGUCUCUAUUCGCCCGAGAUGAUCCAGCCGCACUUGCGGGACAUAUGGGGCCAUGCCAAACAAGAGAUCAUGGGCAUUCGGGCCAAUGCGCGACGAGACGUUAUCGAUCAAGCCUUGGCGGCUUUGACCAAUGUGACCCGCAAUCUCACCUCAGCCGUACAAUCAUCCGUGAACGUGACCAUUCGGGUGGAAUGGUGCGAAUGGGUCUGGGCCGAGAUGAAGAACUUUCUCAAAUUCACCGAGAGUGGCCUUUUUGAAAACAGCGUGCUCAUCUUGACCCGCAUCAGUCAAGUAGACGCCCUGGUGUCCGAGUUUUUGCUCGAUCGAGCUUUCGCCGUUUUGACCGACGUGUUCGAUAA